GACCUUUUUUCCGAGUGGUUGAGUGAUGUUGCAGUUUUGUCAUGGUUAUUGAUUAACCCGUUGACGUAUAGCUAAUGAACUAGGAACAUGCGGGUUGCUUGGUUGCAUGCGUGACUGUUUAGUUAACCUUCUGUCAACAUAUCUGACACCAGCCUUCUGUCAUCAACCUUUUGAUCAUGAUAUGACAGACCUAUAAAAGGCCAGCUUUCAACCCUUCCUCAGCGCUUGGGGAUUUGCUGUUGUGGAUUUUGGUUUAGGAUCGUGUUAGUCUAUAGAGGUAAAGAUGGCACCUCAGACUGUGCUCAUUACUGGCUGUUCGACAGGGAUAGGGCUGGCCACGGCAGUGAUGAUGGCCAAGGACGCACGAUAUAAGGUUUAUGCCACAAUGAGGAAUCUCAAGUCCAAAACUGACCUGGAGAAAGCAGCCGGAGACACCCUGAACAAGUCACUCUUCAUCCGAGAACUUGACGUGACUAAGGAGGCCACCAUCAAAUUGGUCGCGGGUGAGAUUUUAAAAGAAAAUGGGAGAAUCGAUGUUCUUGUGAACAAUGCUGGCUACGGAGAAGUAGAUGCCAUCGACCAGCUGUCCUUAGAGGCUUGUCAGGCCAUGAUGGACACCAACUUUUGGGGUACGGUGAGGACCACGAGAGCCGUGUUACCAGCGAUGAAGAGACAGAAGUCUGGCCGGAUCAUCAACGUCAGCAGUAUCGUUGCUGUGUGGGCCCUGCCUUUCAAUACCAUCUAUGCUGCCACCAAGUUUGCCGUGGAGGGCUUUACUGAAGCAAUUGCCGUAACGCUGAAACGUGCAUACAACAUCAGAAUGAGCCUUGUGGAACCGGGUCCCGUUCAGACACCAAUGGUCACCAAGUUCGGGUCCGUUUCUCCAGCUGAACGAACCAAGGAUUAUGACCCCCCUUUGAGAGAUGAGUACAUGAAUUUUAUAGAGAAAUUGGCGGGUCCCAUGAUGAACACAGCGGUGAGCGCCGACGAAGUAGCCAAUCUGAUUCUGGAGGCCAUAGUGAGUGAAAACCCCCACCUACGUUACCAGAUCCACGAGGUCUACAAGAAAGCAGCGGCCAAGAAAUUUAUUGACCCUCAUACAGAUGCACAACUUGAUAUGAAAAACUUCAUGGAUAUGAUUAAUUAAGUAGGCCCUGAGAAGUACAGUUUGGACGGUAGACUAGUUUAAACAAUGCUAAGCAACUGAAGAAUGUACCUACAGUUAACAGUGGGGCUAGAAACUAUAUCAGUGCGUGUUUUUCUUCCUCAUUUUCAAGUUUGUUACUGUAGCAACCAGCUAAGGUUACCAUUCAUGCAGUUAUAGUGUAUCAAAGUGUGACGUCAUUUUGAAGCAGGAAGUGUGCACGCGAAUUGAAUGCGUAUGCUGGUUCAGGUGCUGGUUCUCGCUGUAUUGCCUUUUACACACUAUGCGCGUGACGUAAUCAUUUCGGUAUCUAUCCGGUUUGUAAGUGACUUCGUCAUACACGUGGACACACCAUAAAUUGCCAGCUUCCAUUGGACGAAUACUAAACUUGUGCGUUAACUUCCAGUCCCAUGGUUCUUUAAAUAAAUUAAACUGAAGUAAGGUCACACUUAAGAACAGGAUACUAGUAUUCCUUUGCUAAAAAUUACACCUGUCCUGUAGCAUUUCACUCGACUGCAAUUUGUUAUAUACGAACUUGCUUAUGGGUAGUUUCACAAAACGGUAGUGUGGUAACUUUGUGUCAUAAACAUUUUGGUAGAAAAUUUAAUUUGUAAUUGAGGAUAUUCAGUUCACGUCAAAUAUCAGUAAAAACGAUUAGGUAAAAGUUUACACAAGUUGGUUUGAAAAUCACAAACUACACAUUCAAAUAUCCUUCAAAGACGCAAAAAGUCACAUGGCGAUAACGCAACAAUAUCUCUUCAGGACGGAUUAGAUUGGUAUUCAAAACUAGAAGAGGUUUCUUUGUUUAGAUUAAUUAGUCGACACUAAAAUGUGACAAUUUGAUCGUUUUUCUUGAACAGAUUUUCUUGGUUUUUAGGGCUCUGGAUAAAAUGAUUAGUAACUAAAGCAGUUGCACAGGUUUGUCUACUGACUUUUCUUUGGAAAAUUAAGCCAAGAUUAGUUUGAUUAGGGUUUGGUAAAUAAAAUCUCACAAAAUCAAUAGUUAUUUGAAAUAGGGUAAUUUUUUUAAUCACGUAAAAGUGACUUUUAGGAACUUUGGUUUAUUUUAAUUUUUAAUGAGUUUCUUAUUCCUAGCCUAAAAGCUGACAUUCAAAUACUCUUUAAUAUCUUCCAGAGUUUGUGAAGUCCACAAUAGUGAGGUUAAACUGUGAUGUCUUUGAUAGUUCGAAAGAAUAGUAGUUUUUAUAGCUUCGAUGCCAGUUAAGACUAACAAUAUUAGAUUUUAGAAUAACAAGGGCUGUCUAAUAGUGUAACAUUCAUUGCUGAAUAUUCAGUUAUAUGAAUCUGAAGCUUUAUUAUUUUGACUAAACCGUUUUAAUUGCAUGGUCCUUCAGUGAAUUUGAAGUACACUUCAGAAAUCGAUAGACCCGUGUUGAA